AUGGCAAAUACCUAUGUCACCACGUCUGAUGGGUACUACCUCGCUGAACCCACACAGUAUUAUGAUAUUUUGCCAGAACAACUCCAUUACCAGCUGUGUGACACAGAUUUCCAAGAACCACCCUACAGUCAAUAUUCUACUGCUCAGUUCCCUCCUGCUUUACAGUCCCCGUCUUUACAAAGCCAUUUCAGCACAUAUGGCUUGGAGCCACAGUACAGUGGUGGCAGUUGGUGCGGACUCGACACCCGAGAAUCUAGCCAGUCCACUUAUGUGGUUGUGCAUGAUGAUGAAGAUGAAUUCCCUGGGACACAAAGGUGCAGACCGACUUGUUCUUUACGCUGGAAGGGACAAGAUGAGCUCUGCAUGGUCUGUGGUGAUAAGGCGUCAGGAUAUCACUAUAAUGCACUUACCUGUGAGGGCUGCAAAGGUUUUUUCCGACGUAGCAUUACCAAAAAUGCAGUGUAUUCCUGCAAGAACGGCGGCCACUGUGAAAUGGACAUGUACAUGCGCAGAAAGUGCCCAGAGUGCAGACUGAAAAAGUGUAAGGCGGUGGGGAUGUUGGCGGAAUGUUUGCUCACAGAGAUCCAAUGUAAGUCAAAGAGACUUCGCAAGAACUUUAAGCACGGGCCUACCCUGUCCUCGGCCAUCCAAGCGGAAGAUGAAGGAGUAGACAUGAAACACGUGUCAUCCACCUCUAGAUCUGGAAAAGGGGCUCAGGACGACAUGACUCUAACUGCAGAGGAACGUCGCCUUCUGAAUACCGUAGUGACUGCUCAUCGAAAGUCCAUGGUUCCUGUAGGGGAAAUAAGUGCACUUCUGCAGGAGUAUUCCAACCCUGAACUAAGUUUUUUGAGACUCUCAGAGGCAUCAAUCCUGCAUGCACAUUGGCUAAUGAAAUUUACCAAGGGACUCCCAGGAUUUGAAAAUUUAACUGCUGAGGAUCAGACUGCAUUACAGAAAGAGUCAAAAACUGAAGUGAUGUUUCUUCAUGUAGCCCAGCUUUAUGGUACUGUGAGACCAGCAAAGCCCUCAGCUGGGACACUGGAGGUGCAUAAUCAUAGGGGUGAUGAACGUGUUUAUUCUUCGGAAAACUUUUUCAAGGAAGGCUACCCUUCGGCCACUCUAACCGGUAUUACUAGAGAAUUCAUUGCUUCACUGUCUUACUUCUACAGAAGAAUGGGAGAACUUAAUAUAACGGAUACUGAAUAUGCUCUGCUUACAGCGACUACAGUGCUUUUCUCAGAUCGUCCAUACCUUAAAAAUAAGCAGCACGUAGAAAACCUACAAGAACCAGUCCUGCAACUUUUGUUUAAGUAUUCAAAAAUGUAUCAUCCAGAAGACCCACAGCACUUCGCUCACCUCAUAGGGAGGCUUACUGAGCUGAGGACUCUGAGUCACAGCCACUCUGAAAUCCUUAGCACUUGGAAAACAAAGGACCCCAGGUUGGUUAUGCUAUUCUCUGAGAAAUGGGAUUUGCACUCACUCUAUUGA